AUGGAGCCUUCCUUGCAUGAGGCUGCAAGGUCGGGUGACGUUGGGUUCUUGAGAAGAAUGAAAGACGGUGAUGUAUCAAUUGACCUUCUUCUUCAGAAAACACCUAAAGGAAACAAUACUCUUCACGUUGCGGCUGAAUUCAAGCAAAUAGAGUUCUUCAAAGAACUUGAUGAUCAGUCUUCGUUGUUUUGGGCUACCAACGAGAAGGGAGGCACUCCCCUGCAUGUUGCUGCCAGAGGAGGCUGUGAUCAAGUAGUAAAGUUCCUCAUUGAGCACACAAAGAAGAUGCUACAUGUACAAGAAGCCGAUGAGGAAAGCAGAUCAACCGAUAGCGAAGCUCAUAAGCAGCUACUUCAAAUGACUAAUUUGCAAUAA